GGGCACCGGGAGCGCGGGCCCGCGAGACUCUGCGUGCGGCGCCCGCCCAACCAUGCUCCUCUACCGCAGCGCCGUGUGGUUCGCCAAAGGCCUGCGCGAAUACACCAAGAGUGGCUAUGAAUCUGCAUCCAAGGACUUCAUCCCUGAUGACUUGGAGGUCCAAGUCCCUGGAAGAGCCUUCAUGGUCACCGGGGGGAACAGCGGCAUUGGAAAAGCAACUGCCUUCGAGAUCGCCAAGCGAGGUGGCACAGUUCACCUGGUUUGUCGAGAUCAAAACCGAGCGGAAGGUGCCAGAGGUGAGAUCAUCAGGGAGAGCGGGAACCAGAACAUCUUUCUGCACAUUGUGGACUUAUCUGAUCCUAAGACAGUCUGGAAAUUUGUUGAAAAUUUCAAGCAGGAACAUACCCUCAAUGUCCUGAUCAAUAAUGCAGGUUGCAUGGUCAAUGAGAGAGAGCUCACGGAAGAUGGACUUGAAAAAAACUUCGCUACCAACACUCUGGGUGUGUAUGUUCUCACGACUGCCCUGAUCCCCGUCUUGGAGAAAGAACACGACCCCAGAGUGAUAACAGUCUCCUCCGGAGGAAUGUUGGUUCAGAAACUGAAUACCGAUGACCUGCAGUCAGAGAGGACCGCGUUCGAUGGCACCAUGGUCUAUGCACAAAACAAAAGGCAGCAGGUGGUCCUGACGGAGCUGUGGGCCCGAGCGCACCCGAACGUCCACUUCUCGUGCAUGCAUCCCGGCUGGGUCGACACCCCAGGUGUGCGGUUGUCGAUGCCCGGGUUCCACGCCAGGCUGGGGGCCAGGCUGCGCUCUGAGGCCCAGGGCGCGGACACUGUGCUGUGGCUGGCCCUCGCCCCGAAGGCCGCCGUGCAGCCCAGCGGCCGCUUCUUCCAAGACCGGAAACCAGUGCCCACACAUUUGCCUCUUGCUAGGACAUCGUCCUCACCGGCUGAAGAGGAGAAACUAAUUGAAAUCCUGGAAGAGCUGGCUCAGAGAUUUAAAUAGGCCAGGCCAGACCCAACGCGGGGCUGGAACCGCCUCAGAAAAUACGGGAAGGUGUGGCCCAGUACACAGGCCCCACGUCUAGAUGUCCCCGUAGAUUGGCCCAUAUUCCACUGCUGUGGUCUGAGCUGGCUUCCUCUCCUUCUGCAGUCAUAGAAAUCAGCCCCGUUCUUUAUACAAAGCCUAGUAUUGAAGCCUUGACCCACCAUCUCUUCACUGUGGGACCACAGGUGGGUUACUUACCCUCUGGGGGCCUCAUUUUCCCCGUCAGUGGAGAUUGUAGUGCUACCUACCUCAAGGGGUGGUUUUAACGAUUCAGUGAACCACUAGUGAUGCACUUAGAAGAAUGCUUGGUGCAUCGUAAAGCCUUGAUGUAUGUUUUUUAGCUAUUAACAUCAGCAUUUAACUGACAAGUGUGCUAAAACUCACGGAAAAAAAAAAAUCCCCCUAAAGGUUACCCCCUGUAGCAAUGAGGAGCCACACAGAAUGGGAGCUUUUAUUUUAAAAUAAAUACGACUGGGGCUGGGAACGAGCGAACCUGCCUCUUCUGCAGCAGCUUCUUUUCCCGUGUAAAUUUCUCCUUUGAGGAUGUGGUUUUAUCCUAAAGAUUCCAUGUCACUGUCGGUUUGAGGGAAGCAGGGCUGCGGGGGGGAAGGAUAGCCAGGAGGGGGCGCCACGCUGCCCUGGCCUGGCCGUGAGGCCCCAGGAGCAAAGCGGAGCCAAGGGUCAGUGCCUAUUUACAUAAACAAUCACGGGAGGCCUGGUUUAUUUACAUUUGCUAUGAUUAGAAGUGGCAUGGACAUAUAUACACUACCAAACGUAGAACAGCUAGCUAGUGGGAAGCAGCCGCAUAGCACAGGGAGAUCAGCUCGGUGCUUUGUGACCACCUAGAGGGGUGGGA